UGAAAAAAAAUAGAAGCUGAACGAGGAGAAAGCGCCGAAAUGGAGGCCGGCGUAGGUGGCUAAACACGAGAAGUGACAAACCGAUACAUUUUCAAUAAACUUUGAGGCGCUUAUGAUUCUCAAAAAGAGUAUAUCUGAGAAGAAUCUAGUUAUCCAUAGCUAGAUAACUCUGCAUUGGAUAUUGUUGGUUUAAAGGAGCAGCAGAUUGACCAUGGCGACGGACACCAGCUCCCCGCCACGGUUCUUCCACAUGCCGCGGUUCCAGCACCAGGCACCACGGCAGCUCUUCUACAAGCGCCCCGACUUCGCCCAGCAGCAGGCCAUGCAGCAGCUCACCUUCGACGGCAAGCGCAUGCGUAAGGCUGUCAACCGCAAGACCAUCGACUACAACCCCUCGGUCAUUAGACACCUGGAGAAUCGUUUGUGGCAGCGAGACCACAGAGAUUUCCGUGCUAUCCAACCAGAUGCAGGAUGCUACAAUGAUCUGGUUCCUCCUGUGGGCAUCUUGAGUAACCCCAUGAAUGCAGUUACCACAAAGUUUGUCCGAACUUCCACGAACAAAGUGAAGUGCCCUGUCUUUGUCAUAAGGUGGACUCCUGAGGGGAGGCGACUUGUCACAGGAGCCUCCAGUGGAGAGUUCACCUUGUGGAACGGACUCACCUUCAACUUUGAGACCAUCUUACAGGCCCAUGACAGCCCCGUGCGGGCCAUGACCUGGUCUCACAACGACAUGUGGAUGCUGACGGCUGACCACGGCGGCUACGUCAAGUACUGGCAGUCCAACAUGAACAACGUCAAGAUGUUCCAGGCUCACAAGGAGGCGAUUAGAGAGGCCAGUUUCUCACCUACGGAUAAUAAAUUUGCCACUUGCUCUGAUGACGGAACCGUACGCAUCUGGGACUUUCUACGCUGUCACGAGGAGAGAAUUCUCAGAGGUCACGGAGCUGACGUGAAGUGCGUGGACUGGCAUCCCACUAAAGGCCUGGUGGUUUCUGGGAGCAAAGAUAGCCAGCAGCCAAUAAAAUUCUGGGAUCCCAAGACCGGACAGAGUUUGGCCACACUUCACGCCCAUAAGAACACGGUGAUGGAGGUGAAGUGGAACCUGAACGGUAACUGGCUGCUGACAGCGUCACGCGACCACCUGUGUAAACUCUUUGACAUCCGCAACCUCAAGGAGGAGCUGCAGGUGUUCCGGGGCCACAAGAAAGAGGCCACAGCUGUAGCGUGGCACCCUGUCCACGAGGGCCUGUUCGCCAGCGGAGGCUCAGACGGAUCCCUCCUCUUCUGGAACGUAGGUGUGGAGAAGGAGGUGGGCGGAAUGGAGAUGGCCCAUGAGGGCAUGAUAUGGAGCCUGGCAUGGCACCCGCUCGGGCACAUCCUCUGCUCGGGAUCCAACGACCACACCAGUAAAUUCUGGACGAGGAAUCGGCCAGGGGACAAGAUGAGGGACAGAUACAAUCUGAAUUUGUUACCUGGGAUGUCAGAGGAUGGAGUGGAAUACGAUGACAUGGAGCCAAACAGCUUAGCUGCCAUUCCUGGCAUGGGGAUCCCCGAUCAGCUCAAAGCUGCCAUGGAACAAGAGGCAAGCGAUAAAGAGACUGCAGCCGAGGAGGAGAUGAGCAUCCCAGGUCUGGAUUGGGGGAUUGAGGAGAUUUUACAGAAAGACCAGAAGAAAGUGCCACAGAAGAAGGUCCCCUACGCCAAACCCAUCCCUGCCCAAUUCCAACAGGCCUGGGCAGAUAAUAAGGUGCCUCUCGUGCCACCGGGAGGAGAGAAGAAAGAAAGGAUGGAUGAGAAGAAAAUGGAUGGGAAGACCAACACCAACCCGAUGAUGCUAGAGCAAAUGAAGAUGGACCGUAUGAAUCAGAUGGAUGGGAACAUGCCUCCCCCGGGAGGUCCACAAGGACCCAUGCCACCUUUCCCUGGUCAGGGAGGAACCAUGCCCCCACCUCCUCAGGGCUUCCCCCAGUCCAUGCCCCCUCAGCAGAUGCCCCACAACAUGGGGCCCCCCAUGGGCCCUGGCGUCAAUCAGGCUCCGUUCAUGCGUCCGGGCCAGAUGGGCCCCCCUCCAGGGUCCCAGCACCACCAGGGGCCUCCUCAGGGCAUGAUGGGUCCCCCUGACCUCCAUGGGCCCCAAGGCAUGCAGAGGCACCCCGGCCCCCACAGAAACAUGGGCCCCCAGGGGCCUCACGGCAUGCCUCCCGGACCCAGAGGGAUGCAGGGCCCCCCCGGAAACAUGCAGGGCCCCCCACCAGGAGGAAUGAUGGGGCCCCCUCGAGGCCAGGGGCCUCCACCACAGGGGGGCAUGAUGCCCCCUCAGGGGAAUAUGAUGGGCCCACAGGGACCCAUGCAGGGCGGGGUGGGGAUGGGGCCUCCCAUGCAGAACCCUCCCAGGACACACGGCAACAUGCCAAGCAUGGGGGGCAUGCAUGGGAUGGGCAACAUGCAGGGGCCACCCCCAGGUGGGAUGCACGGGCCCCCACCGGGUAACAUGCAAGGACCCCCCGGGAACAUGCAGGGCCCCUCUGGAAACAUGCAAGGACCCCCAGGCAAUAUGCAGGGCCCACCAGGCAACAUGCAGGGGCCUCCAUCCUACAUGCAGCACCAGGUGGGACAAAACACUGGCCCCAUGAUGCAUGGGAUGGGACAGCAAGGACCCAAUGGCAAAGGAGAUACCCGAGGGCCUCCUAACCACCACAUGGGUCCUCCACCUGGGGGCCAGGGGCAGGGCGGCCCUGGGGGCCCUGACCAGGGCUCUGGUUCUUACUGGGGAGACUCUCAGCAGGGGCGCCGAUCCAACGACUUCAAUGAAGGUGGCCAGGACUUCCACGGACGGGGGGAGGAGAGCUGGAGGAGAGGGUCCAGCCAGGAAUACCAGGGAGGCCACAGAGGAGGAGGGGGAGGAGGGUUUGGUGGUUAUGUGAGUCCAGGAGAGGAGUUUGACCAGAGGCAGAGAGACAGACUGCCUCCACCAAGGCAUGGCCAGGACUCAGACGACACGUACAGAGGGGUUGGACAGGGUCGCCCUGGGGGGAGGGGGUUCCCUGAUGAGUUUGGUGGGCCGGAAGAGAACUUUGACACCUCAAAUGAGAUGGCCGGAGGUUGGGACAACGGUGGGAGGGGGAGACCCCCCCGAGGAGGGGGCCCACCCAGAGGAGGAGGAGGUGGUGGAGGUGGACGCCAGGGCUUGCUCCCCACCCCUGAUGAGUUCCCCCCACACUAUGAGGGAGGCAGAAGUCAGGAGGCCUGGGAGGGCGGGCAAGAUCAAGGUCACGAGGCUUACAGAGAAGGCCAGCGCUCCGAGCACGGCCCGCCGCACGACAGCCCGUCCCCUGCCAGCCGUGAGCGCUCCUCCUCCCUGCAGGGCAUGGACAUGGCCUCGCUGCCCCCACGCAAACGCCCGUGGCACGACGGCCCGGGCACCGGAGACCAAGACUCCCCGGGAGCAGGGGUAGAGGACAGGACAACAGGCCGACCGCCCCAGAGAGAGGAAGGCGGCUACGGCCCCUCGACCCGCGGCGGCAGAGGGGGCUGGAGGGGGGCGCCCCGCGGGGCCCCCAGGGGAGGAGGGCGUGGCCGGUAGGACUGAAGGAACAACUCACUACCAAUCCACCUACCUGCUCCCCACCAAACCUCCACUCUCUUACCUCCCCAUCCCCUUUUCCCUCCUAUUCACCCCCCCCCCCCCUGCAAAGAGGACAGGGACCAAAAAGAGAUACACAACCACUACCGCCACCUCCUGUCCCCCAGAUCAGUGGAUCAUCUCUGGGCUCAGACUACACCUCUUCAGGCCUGCUUGUAAGGCUGGAGGAUGGAUUGUUUACUGUGUGUAUAGGGGCCUCGUGGAGUGGGAAAGGGCCUUUAUUGCUGUAUGUGUCGAAAGCCUCAGGUCUCUCACUACGGGAUGGACGAGUUGCUAUCUUUACAUUUGGAUCCUUUAGACGACAGAUUCCGCCCUAUGGCUCUUUGCCAUACUCAUCCUGAUUGGUCGCUGCAGGUGUUGUCUAGUGGCCUGAUUGGACACGACAAGCUGAAGCAAUCACUGAUUGGUCAAGGUUUCUAUUCCAAGUUCAGACAUGGGCCACAUAACAGAAUGGUUUUUGUCAGUGUGGUUUGAACAAAGCAUUGCAAGAAACCUGGGGUUUAUUCAGGAGGGUGCAACGUUUAGAACAUUGCAGACAGGCAUUGGUAGGAUUCCUCAUUCUGCAUGAGAAAGAAUUGUCUGUUCUCAACAUAUUUCUGUCUUAAUGUUUUGUAAUGCUGCACCCUCCUGAAUAAACCCCUGGACACACUUCAUGUGAUAAUGUGAACUGCCCAUAGUUUCUCUUUUCUACAUGUACUGUAUCAACCACGCAUAAUUGAAAGAGUCCAGGAUUUUACGCAGUUGGACACAUUGAACUUUGCCGAUAGGAAUACAAUGUACAGAUCAGACAACUUUUGUUUGUUUUGGGGAGAAUAGAGAACCAUGUCCACUCUGUACAUUACAUUUAUAUCUGAAAAUGUUCAGAGGCUGUUGCGCCACACUGAAAAUGCCCACCGUUUCAAGAUUCAUUAUUCCAGGAGAGGAUUUGGUCCUCGGCUAUAAGUUGCAUCCCAAAUGGCACCCUAUUCCCUAUAUAGUGCACUACUUUUUAACACGGCCCAUAUGGGGUAUGGUCAAAAGUAGUGCACUAUAUAGGGAAUAGGGUGCCAUUUGGGAUGCUCAGCAGUCCUGUUUGUCACUGGUAGUUAACAAACAGAACAGGGCGUUGAAUGUGUUAUUCCCCCCAAGUCCUCGGCUCCAUUAAUUUAAGUUCAUUUUUAAAUGUCCAAUAAUGGAGAGAAGAAGAAUCACUGUCUCAUCGCCGGGCUCCCCUGAAUAUCGAGGCGGCCUUCCUCUCUUUCUAAAUGUACAGUUUGUCAUGAGAUUGUCAUAUUGCUUUUGUCCAUUUUUUUGUAUGAGACUAUAAUAGAAAUGUGUGCAAAAUGUCA